CGCCGCCGCCCCGGGCCGCCUGCGCGCGCGGCCGCAGCAGCUGAGCGCGCGGCCCGGGUCACGUGGUGCGCGUGUCGAAGGUCACAGCGCGCUCACAAUGGAGCUCUCGGAGUCUGUGCAGAAAGGCUUCCAGAUGCUGGCCGAUCCCGGCUCCUUUGACUCCAACGCCUUCACGCUUCUCCUCCGGGCGGCUUUCCAGAGCCUGCUGGACGCCCAGGCGGACGAGGCCGUGUUAGAUCACCCAGACUUGAAACAUAUCGACCCAGUGGUUUUAAAACAUUGUCACACAGCAGCUGCAACUUACAUACUGGAAGCAGGAAAGCAAAGAGCAGACAAAUCAACUCUAAGCACUUAUCUAGAAGACUGUAAAUUUGAUAGAGAGCGAAUAGAACUGUUUUGCACAGAAUAUCAGAAUAAUAAGGAUUCCCUAGAAAUCCUACUGGGAAGUAUAGGCAGAUCUCUCCCUCAUAUAACUGAUGUUUCUUGGCGUUUGGAAUAUCAGAUAAAGACCAAUCAACUUCAUAAGAUGUACAGACCUGCCUAUUUGGUGACCUUAAAUGUAGAGAACACUGAUUCCCAAUCCUACCCAGAGAUUAGUUUUAGUUGCAACAUGGAACAAUUACAGUAUUAUAUACGUCUUUUAGGAUUUAGUGGGGAAACUUAAAGAUGCUUCGAAAAGCCUGGAAAGAGCAACCCAAUUUUAACCUGGGGAAGUUAGCGACCCGCCCGCAUCUGGAAGACCAGAACUCCUGGAAGUCCUCAUUGGCCGAACCGUCGUUUGGGUCCUCUGUUUUUAAUAGAAAAAGGUUUCUUUUUGGAUUUAUGUCACUCAUCAAUUUUGACACUUUUUUUUACACGUAUGAAAAAGUUGAGGAAAAUUCUGCCGGAGUGUUUGAAUCUUUAGUAUUAACUGUACAUUGAUCCAUUUUGAUCAUUUUUCAUGUCUUAAAAAAGGAAGUAGACAGUAUUUACAUUCUGAAUAAAUGCUUUCUCUCCAGAA